AUGGGCAGGGCCGCCGCAGAAGAGCGGGGAGAAGGGGGUAAGAUCCUCCGCAUUCCCACUCCAGAAGCACAGAAAAGUCCCGGAGAACAGGUCACAGGCUGGAGCCCCCAGACCUGUCAGCGAGUCCCUCCUUUGUUCACCUGGCUAGAGGCCCGCUCAGAGCGCCUCUUGGAGCCGGACCAUGGGUGCCCCCCGUCCACCCUCACCCGGACGACCCCGCCCCCAAGCCUUCCGCCAGGGGCCGUGCAGCCGGCCCGCAGCAAGUGUUAA